GAAAGCCAGUCAGCGGCCAACAAAAUUUUCGACAAUGUUGAAUUUAACUAGACCAUUGAAUGCUGUUGCUGGUCAGCGAAAUGGCGCACGAAUAUUCAAAUAUAUAAUCGUUAUAGAUCUGGAAGCCACCUGUUACACAAGGACAGUUCACGAACAUGAAAUUAUUGAAUUUCCCGCUGUGCUUCUAAACUUGGUCACUGGCAAAAUAGAGGCGGAAUUCCGCCAAUAUGUCACGCCGCUCAUGAAUCCUCAGCUAACUAGAUUUUGUACUGAACUAACUGGGAUUCGUCAAGAACAGGUGAAUGCCGGGGUGUCCUUGAGCAACUGCCUUCUACUAUUCGACAAAUGGCUAAAAACAGUUCUAGCAGCACGUAAUCUGUUCCUACCGAGAACAAAUCCAAAUGAUCCGACCGGAAAUGUUGCGUUCGCAACUUGGACGAACUGGGAUCUAGGAGAAUGUUUGAGCAAGGAUUGCGCUCGAAAUCAAAUCCGCAAACCGGCCUACUUCGAUUUAUGGAUUGAUGUUAAAUCGAUUUAUAUGAAUUUUUAUAAGCGCUGCUCAGACAACUUAUCAGAAGCACUGAGCAAUAUGGGUUUAAUUUUUGAAGGAAGAGAACACUGUGGAUUGGACGAUUCGCGAAACCUCGCCAAGAUGAUAGUGCGCAUGUUCCAAGAUGGCGCAAGAUUCGAGAUCACUAAUCAGUAACCAGAAAAGCUGAUUAAAUACUAAUGCACUUGCUUCGUUCAUUCUUAGAUAUGACAAAUGUCCUUAGGCUAAGU